CCUGGGCAGGCGGCUGCCCCUCCUCCCUGGGUUGAGGAAGCAGGAAAGGGUGGUGAGGAGAGGCAGCAGGCAGGCCUGCCAGGCAGCGGUGGUCAGUGCCCAGGCAGGAUGGGCUCUGUCUGGGUCCUAGCUGUACCUCUUCUUUUCUCCUGCUGGAAGGCUGGAGUCACUGCCAGCUCUGCAGGCCUGAGCAGCGGCAGUUCAGCCCCUUUGAUGACAACCAACAAUAUGGAAGUGCCUGCCUUUACUCAAAGGGACAGGCCCAGCUCAGAGGGGGCUUUCCAGACCACUCACCUGACUCAGGAUGUUCCUCCAGACACUUUAACUCUGAGCACUGAAAUUGCUUCUAGUACCUUAACUGCAACCAGUACCAGUUCAGAAGUCAGUUCCAGGGACACCCAGACCAUCUCUCCUGUAACAGAGACUGGGAAGACACAGACUACCUUCCUUACAGCAUCAACCCUGGAUAUUUACACCACCUCCCUUACAGCAUCAACCCUAGAUAUUCACACCACCUCCCCUGCAACAUCAACCCUAGAUAUUCAGACCACCUCCCCUACAGCAUCAACCCUGGAUAUUCAGACCACCCCCCCUACAUCAUCAACCCUAGAUAUUCACACCACCUCCCCUACAUCAUCAACCCUGGAUAUUCACACCACCUCCCCUACAUCAUCAACCCUAGAUAUACAGACCACCUCCCCUACAGCAUCAACCCUAGAUAUUCAGACCACCUCCCCUACAUCACCAACCCUGGAUAUUCAGACCACCUCCCCUACAUCAUCAACCCUAGAUAUUCAGACCACUUCCCCUACAUCACCAAUCCUAAAUAUUCAGACCACCUCCCCUGUAGCAUCAACCCUGGAGACCCAGACUUCUUCCCUCAUAGCAUUUACCAUAGAUACACAGGCCACUUCUCCUGCGGCAUCAACCCUAAAUACUCAGACCACCUCCCCUGGAGCAUCCACCCUGGAUACCCAGACCACUUUCCCUGCAACAGAGGCCCUAGAGAACCAGACUAUUUUCCCUGUUGAUUCGACCCUAAAAACCCAGACCAUUUCCUCUGUAACAGAGACCAGAACUCUUGCAAUAAGAGUACCUUCCAACUUCACGGUCAUGCAUCCCAUCCCUACGGACACUUCGGCUACACAGGGCAGCCCCAGAACUGGAAUGAGCACUGUCAAGACUGGCACACUGAGUGGUCCCAUAGGAGCCGUCAUUGGCACCCUUUGUAUCGAUGACAGCUCAGAAGAGGUGAGGAAGAUCACAAUUGACCUCUUAACCUUGGCACACACCUCCACAGAAGCUGAACACCUGUCCUCAGACAGCAGUUCCUCCUCGGACAGCUCAGCUGGCGUCCUCACCAGCUCACAGGUCCUGGGGUCCGAUAUUGCCACCCCAGCCAAGGACUUGGUUGCCUUCAGCAUCACCCAGAUUAAGCUCACCGCCUGCAUCACAGAAAUAGAAACCUCUGUCAUCACCUCAGACACUAACAACAGCCCUACAGGAGCAACAGCCUUGUCCACUUCUGAGACGCUCACUUUGCCUCAAUCCCCCGAGGCAAAACCACUUAGCCCCAAGACCACAAGCUCACCUGGAACCCCGUCAACAGCUGGCACCUCAACCCUUGCCACCACCCUUGAGGGCACGCCCCCUAUUAGUGGCGUCACAGAAAGAGAAACAACAGUGGUUCAGACUCCAACCUCCAGAGUCACUUCAGGGACAGUCAGUACGAACCCACUGAAAGAGACCUCAACACUCUCUACAGUGACACAAUGGCACACUGAGGUCUUGGGAACAACUACCGUCCCCAGGGCUACUGGGUCAACAACGGGAGAAGCAACCUCCUUCACUACUUCCUCAACUUCAGACAACAGUCCCUCAGCAGGGGUCACCACCAAGAGCUCUACUACCUCAGAGACUUUAAGCUCCUUAGCCAAGACCACAGCCUCACCAAAGACCUCAAUGGAGCCCCUAACAUCUACACCCACUGCUGCUUGGACAAGGACCACAAAACACGAUCCUGGGGAAGAUGGAGGCUCCCUCCUUGUACGGCUGAGUGUGGCCUCCCCUGAGGACCUCACUGAGCCCAAAGCCGUAGAGAAGCUGAUGGACCAGCUCAGCUGUGAACUGCGCACCCACAUGCCACUUGUCCAAGUGUCCUUACUGAGCGUCAGAAGGGGCUGAAGAAUGUUAGCUGCAACCAAGCAUGUUCUCUGUAGCAGAAGAAGCGUGGUGCUGCCUGUAGCCCGGACCCCAAACAGACCAAAGCCGUGGUACUGUGCUAUGGAUCCACAAGGUUCCCAUGAAGGUCAGCUGGCCUGAGAACCCUGCCCCAUACCUGACCACAAGACCUUGGUCCACUAUGCCUGAGUGUGUGUGCAGGUGGAGAGGGCUGGCCUGUUUCCAGUGGUGUCCUUCACCACCUCUGACUGGUUAUUGUAUUUCAGUAAAGAGAAAGCUGACCACUCCA